GCCCCCGCCGCCCCCUGUCUGCCGCCCCGUGAGUGCCGCUGCGGCUCCCGCGGGCCCAGUGGUUUCCCCUAAACACGGAGAGAAGCCGACGGGGGCGGGGCCCCUGCUCAGGCCCGGGCGGUGCACUUGCGACCCCUGCCUCCCCCGGCGGGACGGCCGACUCCCGGGCCCGGGCCCCAUGGGCGCCGCGGGACUCGGUGGGGUCGUCCAGGAACGCGGACCGCCGGGCCGGCGCGGGUACCGACUUCCUCCCGCCUGCGUGCGGAGACAAGUGUGUUCGCACAGCCCGCCUGUGUGCGCACGUGUGUCCCAGUCCGCGAAUCCGGAAGGCCCCGGGUGAAGCCUGAUGAGCGGGUGGACACUCGCUCUGAACCGGCCUCCGUGGGUUUCUGUUGUAAUAUAAAAUCCGGGGGCUCUUGAUUUGAAGCCCCACGGCGGAUCUGACCUCGUGUGAUUGACUUGGUCCUUUGCUUUCUUUUUCCCGUAAACUGAAGGUGCCUUUGAAGAGGCCCAGCCAUGGAAGGCAAACCGUUGGUGAUAUCGAAACAGAAGACCGAGGUGGUGUGUGGGGUCCCCACCCAGGUGGUCUGCACAGCCUUCAGCAGUCACAUCCUGGUGGUGGUGACCCAGUUCGGGAAGAUGGGUACCCUGGUCUCCCUGGAGCCCAGCAAUGUGGCCAGUGACUUCAGCAAGCCCAUGCUCACCACUAAAGUCCUCCUGGGGCAGGACGAGCCUCUCAUCCACGUCUUUGCAAAGAACCUGGUGACGUUUGUGUCCCAAGAAGCUGGAAACAGAGCAGUCCUCCUGGCCAUGGCCAUGAAGGACAGGAGCAUGGAGGGGCUGAAGGCCUUGAAGGAGGUGAUCCAGACGUGCCAGGUGUGGUGACCCCGGCGUGAGCAGCCGCACCUGCUGCCCAGCAGGGCCGAGUGGAAACUCAGACACCUCCUCGAUGAUUUGAAGACUCUUCAUUCAGCUUGUCGCAAGGAGGAACUUUCUCUGCCUUUAGCCCUUAAAGCCAGAGUAACUGCACGUCUCGGGCAGCUCUUACUUUGUUUGGUCACCAAGAUCAUCGAUGGAUGGAGGGCAGACGUGGACUGUGUCUGGGGGAGUUGUGAAUGGUUCUCACCAGGGUCCAAAUAGUUGCAUCUAUUUGAGAAUUGAAAGAAUGAGUCACCGGGCAUGAAUCAUGCCCUCGAUGUGCUGUGUCAAUUGUUGGAGGAAAUUUUUUUUUUUAUUAAAAAUAAAUGCAUCUCUGAUAUACUUCA